CAGGUCGAGGUAAUCGCACCCAAUCAUUUGCCCAAGACCAGAAGUCUGGUGAAAGCCUUCCUUUCUGGGCCUGGGCCGAAGCUCCAGCAACGACUCUUGGAACGCCGACAAAAGACGACCAACUGGGCAACUGAUUGGUGGUUAAAUGACAUGUACCUGUCUGUGCCUCUGGCAUUACCAAUUAAUAGUAAUCCUGGCCUUGCAGCAAGGCCCAAAACAUUUAGCAACCAAAAAGAAGCUGCCAUAUUCCUUGCCAGAUUUCUAACAGAGCUACUUAACUAUCAAGAAAUAUUAGAUAGAUCCGAAUUGGAUGUUGAUGAAGUGAAGUCAAAAGAUGGAAAGAGUAUGCAACCUUUAUGCAUGGCUCAGCAUUAUCAAAUGUAUCGGAUAUACAGACGACCAGGUGCAAACGGUGAUGAACAAAUUAUUCUUGAUAGAACUACAUCUGGGAAUCACAUCAUAGUAGCUCAUCACAAUCUGUUUUAUAGCGUUCCUGUUAGAGCUCCUGAUCGAGACCGUAUAACCGAAACCGAAUUGGCCCAACAAAUUUUAAAAAUUAUGGAAACUAAAGCUGAUCCUCGAACUCCACCAGUUGGUAUCCUUACAACGAUGAAGAGACCAGCUUGGGCAAAGGCAAGGGAAGAAUUACUUAAACACGAACAAAAUCGGCACAAUUUGGAAUUGUUGGAAAGAUGUCUGUGCGUGGUGUGUAUCGACGAUGAUAUAUUACCAGCGACGUUCAACAAUCCUCUGAAGAAAGAGGAUCGAUGGAUCGAUGAUCGAGAUUACGCGAACGUACUUCAUCACGUUCUUCAUGGCGGAGGUUCCAGACAUUUGGGCGCGAAUCGAUGGUUCGAUAAAACAUUCCACGCCAUUCUUGGAAAGGACGGAAUGUGGGGCAUGAAUUACGAACAUUCGGCUGGCGAAGGUCCAGCGAUUUUUAUCACAUUCGAGGAAUUAACAGAGAAAGUCGAUGCCAUGUCACCACCCGAGGAAAACACCGUUCCAUCGCAUUUGCCUGCACCUGAAAAGCUCGAGUGGCAUCUAUCCGAACAAAGUUUUAACGAUAUCAGAGAUGCAAUGAUAUCUUUUGAUGCAUUAGUGGAAGACUUGGACCUUUGCAUAUUGUGGUUCCAAGAAUAUUCGAAGGAAUUCAUCAAAUCGCAUAAAAUUAGUCCGGAUGUUUAUAUACAACUAGCCCUACAAUUUACACAUUUUAGAUUGCAUGGAAACUUAGUAGCAACUUACGAAAGCGCGGGUAUUCGAAGAUUCGCACUAGGAAGGGUUGAUUGUAUCAGAGCGGCCAGUCCCGAGGCUCUAAACUGGGCGAAAGCAAUGUGCCAAGGGGAUCCUGAUAGUCAAACUCAACAGAGCACUCAAGACGAAGGCACCAAAAGACAAGAAAGAAUCAAGGAAUUAUUCGACCUAGCAGUACAGAGACAAACUAAGGAAAUGAACGAUAACAUAAAUGGUUAUGGAAUUGACAACCAUUUAAUGGGCCUUCGUUAUGCCGCGCAGGAAGUUGGAGAACCGGUUCCGGAUAUUUUCACGGAUCAAGCUUACAAGAUAGUGAAUCACUUUGCUCUCUCGACAUCACAGGUAACUUCGAAAAAUGAUGCCAUCAUCGGAUACGGGCCAGUUGUUCCAGAUGGUUAUGGUUGCGCUUAUAAUCUCAGAAGCAAUGGUUUCAUAUUUUCGGUGUCCGCUUUUCAUAGUGAUGGUAAAACAAACGCGACACGAUUCGCUCAAACGCUCGAACAAAGCUUGCGGGAUAUGGCAGAUAUGUUGAACAAGGCGAAUCAAAGAUAAACGGACAAUUAAAGGAUGAAUUAGCUUUGAAAGAAAAAUAUUCAUAACUAUAAAAGAAGGCAAUAA